GCUUUCUCCCCGCCGUCACGUCGCCAGUCGCCUCCAAACAGCGCCGCUACGCCGAGAACACGGCGCGGCGCGGCGCCAUGAUGACCUGGAACAAGCGCCCAACCGUCGCCGCCGACGAUGCCCUCGAUACCGAUCAUGGUCGCCUACGCGAGCUCGGAUACAAGCAGGAGCUCAAGCGCCACCUCUCGGUGCUGUCCAACUUCUCCAUCUCCUUCACCGUCAUCUCGGUCCUGACGGGGAUCACCACGCUCUACAACACCGGCCUCGCCUUCGGCGGCCCCGCCACCAUGACGCUCGGCUGGUUCGUCGACGGGGCCUUCACCAUGGCCGUCGGCCUCUCCAUGGCCGAGAUCUGCUCCGCCUUCCCCACCUCCGGCGGACUCUACUACUGGAGCGCGCGCCUCUCCGGCGACCGGUGGGCGCCAUUCGCCUCCUGGAUCACCGGAUGGUUCAACAUAGUAGGACAGUGGGCAGGCACGGCUAGUAUCGACUUCUCACUAGCGCAGUUGAUUCAGGUGAUCGUCCUGCUCAGCACAGGUGGUAACAAUGGUGGAGGGUACCUGGCAUCCAAGUAUGUUGUCUUCGCCUUCCAUGCUGUGAUUCUACUGAGCCAUGCCAUCAUCAACAGCCUCUCUAUCACUUGGCUAUCUUUCUUUGGGCAGUUUGCUGCCCUUUGGAAUAUGCUAGGUGUCUUUGUCCUGAUGAUAGCUGUACCAGUUGUUGCCACCGAGAGGGCCAGUGCAAAGUUUGUUUUCACCCAUUUCAACACCGAUAACAGUGCUGGAAUUCACAGUCACCCCUAUAUUUUUGUUCUGGGGCUCCUUAUGAGCCAAUACACACUGUCAGGAUACGACGCAUCUGCGCAUAUGGUACAGAAAAGUCCUCAAACCGAAGAAACAAAAAAUGCAGACAGGAAUGGCCCGAUUGGUAUAAUCAGCUCAAUUGGCAUAUCGUUGAUAGUUGGCUGGGGCUACAUACUUGGCAUCACGUUUGCAGUGAAGGACAUUCCUUACCUCCUGAGCCCUGACAAUGAUGCGGGAGGGUACGCGAUUGCUGAAGUGUUCUACCUUGCCUUCAAAAGCCGGUAUGGGAGUGGUGUUGGAGGGAUCAUUUGCCUGUGGAUCGUUGCUAUUGCCAUAAACUUCUGUGGCAUGGGCUCAAUGACUAGUAACUCGAGGAUGACUUAUGCGUUCUCAAGAGAUGGGGCAAUGCCAUUUUCGUCCCUCUGGCAUAAAGUUAACAAGCUCGAAGUGCCGAUACACGCUGUGUGGCUCUCAGCUUUCAUUUCCCUUUGCAUGGCAUUGCCGUCUCUGGGCAGCCUCGUCGCGUUCCAGGCGAUGGCAUCGGUCGCGACAACCGCAAUCUACAUUGCCUACGCACUGCCAAUCCUCUUCCGUGUGAUGCUGGCACGCAAGAGCUUCGUGCCAGGCCCAUUCAACCUCGGCCGGUACAGUGUGCUUGUCGGCUGGGUUGCCGUCCUCUGGGUGGCAACCAUCACCGUCCUCUUCUCGUUGCCGGUCUCAUACCCGGUGACCAAGGACACUCUCAACUACACCCCGGUCGCUGUUGGUGGGCUGUUCACCCUCGUUCUGUUGUCAUGGAUCAUCAGCGCGCGACACUGGUUCAAGGGACCCGUCACAAAUUUGGGAGGAUAAGGUGGUGUGGACUGUGGAGUUCUCGUGGUGUGAUUUCAGUGUGGAACGCUUUUGUGAAUUGUAAUGUUCAGGCGAUCUCAGUCUCAGGGGUUCUAGUUACACACCUGCUGUAGUUAUGAGGUGUUAGGGAGUGCUUAUACUGUAGUAACACUGAUGGUACAGAUUCAAGAUAUUUCCAUUUCUUCAGAAAUGCAUUAUUAAAUAUUGCCAAAGACUUGUAUCUUCA